UAAAUAUUAUCAUUUAUAUUGACAUAUCACAAUAUACGCAAAAAAUAAUUGAAUUUUCACUUACAGAUCUUCAAGCUAAUUACUUAUAAGACUUGUUGUUUUAAAGUAAAUUUUUGAAAAUGAGGCUUUUUAUCAUUUGCUCUCUUAUAGUUUUUGUAAUCGGAAAAAACUAUCGGAAAAGCACAGAUAAUUGCAAGUUGCAAGACGAUCCCAAAUUUCCGCAAUGCAAAGCAAAAAUUUCAUGGAUGCAAGGUAACUGGCAAUCAGAUCCGUUUUAUAAAAACAACGGAGUUGAUGGAUCACUGUGCUCAAUAAUAAAUUAUUUGAGUAAGGUGGAAAAAUUUUGUCCUUGUGCUGUACCAAUAGAUUCUCGUUACCCAGAAUGCGCAAAUAAAGUUUCAUGGAUGCUAGGAAACUGGCAAUCAAAUCCGUUUUAUAAAAACAAUGGAGUUGAUGGAUCAGUGUGUUCGAUAAUAACCUACUUGAGUGAGAUAGAAAAGUUUUGCCCCUGCGCUGUACCAAUUAAUUCUCAAUUUCCGAUUUGUCAAAAUAAAGUUUCAUGGAUGUUAGGGAAUUGGCAAUCAAAUCCAUUUUAUAAAAACAACGGAGUUGAUGGAUCAGUGUGUUCAAUAAUAACUUACUUGAGUAAGGUGGAAAAGUUUUGCCCCUGUACUGUACCAAUUAAUUCUCAAUUUCCAUUCUGUCAAGACAAAGUUUCAUGGAUGCUAGGUAACUGGCAAUCAAAUCCAUUUUAUAAAAACAACGGAGUUGAUGGAUCAGUGUGUUCAAUAGUAACUUACUUGAGUAAGGUGGAAAAGUUUUGCCCCUGUACAGUACCAAUUAAUUCUCAAUUUCCAUUUUGUCAAAACAAAGUUUCAUGGAUGCAAGGGAACUGGAAAUCUAAUCCAUUUUAUAAAGACAAUGGAGUGGAUGGAUCAUUAUGUUCAAUUCUUAUCUAUCUUAGCAAGGUUGAAAAAUGGUGUCCGUUAUAAAAUGGAGAACUAAAAGAAACGUUAAUUUAAUUGCAUUUUUUUUAUUGCUUCAUACUCAAAAAAUAACCUUUAUAAUUUUGAACUUGUAAAACAUUGUCUUUUAUUUGCUUUAUCUAUAUAAAUAAGGAGGAACUAUAUUUUUA